AUGGUAGACAAGUCUGCCCCCAAUGCUGCUGCUCCAGGUGGAGCCCCUGGUGCUCCUGGAGCCCCUGGUGCAGAUGGAGCCCCUGCUGGCGCACCGCCAGCCCCACCCAAUACCACCAGCAAUCGCAGGCUACAGCAGACACAGGCCCAGGUGGAGGAGGUGGUGGAUAUCAUGCGGGUGAAUGUGGACAAGGUGUUGGAAAGGGACCAGAAGCUUUCAGAGUUAGAUGACAGAGCGGAUGCUCUCCAGGCCGGAGCCUCCCAGUUUGAAAGCUGUGCUGCUAAACUAAAGAACAAGUACUGGUGGAAGAACUGCAAGAUGAUGAUCAUGAUGGGUAUCAUUGGAGUCAUUGUGGUGGGAAUAAUAUUCUUGUACUUCUUCUACUGAGCUGUGCUCAGCCCAUCAAUCUGAACAGAUACGGACUUAAGAAUGAUACGAGAGGGAAAAGUGCUGCUCCAUCAAACCAUCCUGCACUUCCACAUGAUGGUCGUCUUUAGCUUUCUCUUUCUCUCUCUCUCCCUCCAUUCUUGUUGCUUUCUCUUUCUUCCACGGGUUUGUUUUGAAGUCUGCCUCUCUCCUGCCUCUGCAUGACAUUCAUUAUUUAAGGACACAGGAGGCAGAGUGAACGAGGAAGGGAGCAAGGAGCUCCUCAUCACACACAGAUCGAUGAGAUGGAGAGAGCGGAGAAAAUAAAGUUUGCUGUCCUUUUCAGUGUCUCAGACGCCAAAGCUUGUUCAUGUGACCUUUUUAGAGAAUCCUACAUUUAUAAAUUAACAUGUUAACUAACACAUGGUCACACCAGUCACUGCUGGUAAACAGUUAGAUUAAGAGUUCUGUUGUGUUUGUGCAUAUAUUUGUGAUCUAAAGCCAGUAGCAUUUCCAAAGUUUAGCUAAUAGGAUUGUUUGUUUCUUUUCAUACCAAAUUUGCAAUGUAUGGUGGCCCAGAGAGUGCACAACACUCCCAACUUCAGACAUCACAAGUAAAUGCAGAAAACACAAAUAC